UUCUAUUUUUUUUUUUUUUUUAUCGAAACAACUCUAUCACAAUGGCUACCUCUAAUUCUCAAGGUAUCAAUACCCUUUUGGAAGCUGAACGCGAAGCUGCCAAGAUUGUUCAAAAAUCCAAGCAACACCGUAUUCAACGUUUAAAAGAUGCUCGUACAGAAGCAGCCAAGGAAAUCGAACAACUCAAGGCUGAAAAGAACGCUGAAUAUCAAAACUUUGUUGCUCAACAUUCUGGUGAAUCUGAUCAAAGUUUGACCAAGGUGGAUGAAGAAACUCAAGCCAAAAUUGCAGAAAUCCAAGCAGCUGCUGCACAAAACAAAGAGAAAGCUAUUCAAAAGUUACUGGAAGCCAUCACCAAAGUGGAAGUCAAGCCUCAUAUCAAUGCUCGAGCUUAAAGUUGAACUUUUUUAGUUUUAUUUUAUUGUUAUAUCAUCAUUUUUCUUUUAUGCCAUUGUAUUGAUUGGAUAUUCCCCUAUACUUUCCACCUUUGUCUUUUGAUUUUUGAUUUUUUUUAUAUAUCUUCCCCAUCCGUUUUCCCUUUUUUUUUUUUACUUUUGAUUGUCUUCGAAAUAAAAAAAUAUAUAUUAUAUACAUA